AUGGAGACCUUGCCAGAACCAAUUCUGUACCACUUGAAGCCAACCAAACUGAUCCCUAAUUCACACAAACCACUGCUCCAUUACAAGAACGCUUUUGUCAAAGAUGGUCAAGUCGAUCGUACCAAAGCAUUCGAUACUUUUUGUGGCAAUGAGUGGGACGUACAAUGGGUCGUUAGAUAUGGUCAACAUCAGCGAUCUCAUUAUCAUUCCCAGUCCCAUGAAGUUAUGGUAGUUGUCUCCGGCCCUGGCCGCAUCCGCUGGGGUGUUGCAGACUUAAGCGAUGACCCACAAGAGCAUACUUCUGGAACAGCCUAUGAAGACGGCGGACUGGAGCUCGAGGUCAACGUGGGAGAUCUUUUUGUCAUCCCAGCAGGCGUUGCACACAAGUCAUAUGAUCCAUCCGCUAACACGGCAUCUUUUGGUUGUAUGACUGGAGACGCUCGUGGUAUUGCUGCCGACAACCCGAGGAUUGCUGUUGCAGAGGUGCCACUUGAGGGAUUCUGUAUGAUGGGGGCUUAUCCGAGGGGGUUUUCAUGGACAUGGGAUGAGGGAGGCGAUAGUGCAGACGACUUCAAAGCAGUAUGGGACGUCAAGAAUCCUGCCGCUGAUCCAUUCACUGGAGAAGGCGGUGGUAUUAGCAAGUACUGGAAGGAACACAUCGAGAUAGACUAA